AUGCACCGCUGCAUCGUCACGAGUAUUAUUGAAAGCGAGACCGUCUACGUCGAGUGUCUCUACGUCAUGGAAAAGUAUAUGAACGCGAUAAAAGCAACUCUGUCGACAUCUCAACCUGUGAUAACUGAAGAAGAAUUUGGAACAAUAUUUUACAAAAUCUCCGAGCUGCAUGAAUUACAUAAGAACUUCUUAGAGGGUCUGAAGACGGCCGUUGCUAGCUGGGAAGAACCGCUGUGUGUUGGAGUUCAUUUUAAGAAAAUGGCCGAAAACAUAAACGUAUACGGCGCAUUCUUGCACAACUACGGUCGAGCUACGGACGCGGUGAGACGGAGGUGCGCCAGUUCCCAGCGGUUCGCGGAUCUUACGCGGCAGAUCGCUUGCCGGGGACAGCCCAUGUCGCUAGAUGAUCUACUUCACAAACCUGUAGCUAGGGUGCAGAAGAAUGCUCUGGUAUUACAUGAUCUCAUAAAAUACACACCAGCGAGCCACCCCGACCACGCUAUGCUAACCGAAGCUCUUAACAUGACCCAACACUUCCUAGACGAAUUCAAUAUUAUUCAAACUAAAUCCAUGUUUCCUAAUGCUGAUCGAGCGCAAAGGAGACUUGUUAAGAACUCAUUUAUUGUUGAGCUAUCGGAUGGACAUAGGAAAUUACGCCAUCUCUUUCUGUUCAACGACGUGAUAGCCUGCGCUAAGUAUAAGGCGUCCGGACGAGACAAAUUCACGUUCGAAUUGAAGUGGUUCAUACCGUUACCGGAUAUUGUUGUCGUGGAGGAAGACGGCAGCGCCGCGGAACGAGAGACGUCGCCCGCUAACAUCGUGGCUUUAAAAUCGCAAGCGUGUACUGUACGAGACCAAAUCCUGGCUGAGGAGCGUGCUUCCCAAGAUGACAAGAAAAUACGUCUAGGUAGCCGGGGUGCAGCGGAGAAGCAGCGUAAAAAGCUGGCUGAGUUGGAAGGUCAAUUAGUGCUAGCCAGUCCCAAUCUUAUAUUCCGUAUCGCUGCGCGCGCGCCGUCCUCCACCGCAUUACAACGGCAACACGUGUUUUUCCUUAGUUCGGAGUAUGAGAGGACACAGUGGAUAGAUUCCAUCCAUGCACUACAGGCUUCAUCAGCGCCGCCAGCUGGUUCCAACACCGUCUCCAUGUUAGAACUUCAAAGCUGGGUAACAGCGUGUCGUAGUUACCUCCAGACCGAUAUGGGGUCCUACCUACUGCGAAGUGGUAGGGACGAUUCGUUGCUACUUGGUGAUCUACAUCUGCACAUUGGAGGCAUGACUGCACCUCUGGAUACAGCUGCUGAUUACUAUAUCAUCGUGGAAGUGGACUCCUACGGGCAUUACUUCCGCAAAGCAAAAUCGAAGUUAGUAUGUAGGAGCGCUCAGCCCCGAUGGAACGAAAGCUUCACAAUAGACCUGGAAGGAUCGCAGAACCUGCGGCUGCUGUUGUAUGAAGAUGCGGCCAGGCCGGUGCUUCGUGGGAAGUGUACGCUCAAAUUGUCACGCGACUGGAUAGCGGAGAGCGCAGCGGGCGGCGUCUCUCGAACUGUGUGCCUCGGUGGCGGCUCCCUGCCGCUACGUCUAAAACUGCUUCCGCCUGAACGCUCCGCUAGGCACGUUCCAAAUGCCAAAUCUGGCGCGCUCUUCGGCGCUAAGAUCACGCACGUCGCCAAGCGGGAAAAGCGCAACAUUCCUUUCAUAAUAAGCGCUUGCGUGCGAGAAGUAGAAAGACGCGGUAUUCAUGAAGUGGGCGUGUACCGUGUGUCGGGCAGCGCGUCGGACCUCAAUCGACUCAAGAAGAGCUUUGAAACAAAUGCCUACGAAGCCGAGCAACUCUUGAAAGAGGUGGACAUCCACAGUGUGACUGGAGUUCUGAAGCUGUAUUUGCGAGAGUUGCCCGAAGCGCUCUUUACCGACGCCCUCUAUCCUGAAUUGUUAAAAGCUUGGGGUUCAACUCAGGGUGUAGGUACAUCUGUUGACUCGGGCCCAGCGCACACGCGACGUCACGCCCUCCUCAAAUGUUACGCACAGUUGCCUGAUCUCAACAAGAAUUGUAUAGAUUUCCUCCUCAACCAUUUUGUCAAAGUGAACCAGCACGAAGCUGAAAACAAAAUGUCCCUGCACAAUCUAGCGACGGUCUUCGGUCCGACACUACUCCGGCCGUCAAACACAUCCGCUGGGGCGAAGCAACGCACAGAUCUACUGGCCGCAGGCACAGUAGACGCGAUGGCCCAAGCCGGUAUACUCUAUUGUCUAUUGCAGCAGAGGCAACUCGCCGCGCAGUUGUCCUCGCACCACAGAGCUCCUACGCUUCUAGAUUAA